AUGUCUGAUAUAAAGUUUGUUAGUGCAUGUUUUUCACCAGCUCCUGAUGAUGAGAACGACUUGGAUUGUUCCUAUUUCGACAAUAUGUUAGUUGAAAACUGUGAAAUGGUAAAAACAGUGAAGAACACUAAACAAUUAGUUUUUGAUUCGUAUUUUGAUAAAUGUCUCGUGGAUAUCUGCGAACAAAUUGAACUAACACGCGCAAUGUCUAAAGUGAGCUCUCAAGGCUGA